AUGGCUAAAAGUGCAAAGUUUAGCUUGAAACUUCUCAUCGACGAGGAGAAAAACAAAGUGGUUUUGGCUGAAGCGGGUCAAGAUUUUGUUGAUGUACUCUUCAGCCUUUUGACACUUCCGAUGGGGACUAUUGCUAAAUUGCUGGAGAAGCAUCAAAAGUUGCCGCAAGUUCUAGGCUGUUAUGAAAAGCUUAACAAAAGUGUGACGAAUCUUGGCAUUGAAAAUUUCGAAACUGAAGCUUGCAAGAAUGGAGUUUUUGUCAGCUGCAGAUCUUCAUUCAUUGUCACCGACGAUUUGAAAGUGACAUUGAACUCUAUUGGUGCUAUCGUCAACGUGCUCAAAGAUCUAGGAUAUCAAUGUUUUAGUGACAUGCGAGAAAUGGUUAUCGAAGUUGGUUUCGAAGAGGUGGUUGUUCUACUAGGAUGUUUAUUCACUACGAAUGCUCCUUUCACCUAUGCAUUCCUCAAGAAAGAUAAUUUUCCAUGGACAGAGACAACGUUGUUGUCUCCACUUGUGCAAGAAAGUAAACCAAGCAAAGUAUUUCAUGUGAAAGUUUUUGUUAGAAAGCUAGACAGGAAGAUUCUUUACGCUGAGAGCGGUGAAGACUUUGUCGAUUCUCUUCUAACUUUCCUUGUUCUUCCUCUUGAGUUGGCAUGGUCGCUAUCUAGUUACAAUACCAUCUUGGAAUGUGUCAGAAAUUUGCGCACAAGUAAGUGUAGACGAGCUAUGGAUUCCAAUCUCUUUGAGCUUCCUGGAUAUUAUGCUUGCAAAAACAGACUUCUUGACAUUCAGCCUUCCCCAUUCCUAACAUUUCAGUGUUUAAUUCCUAAAGAUUAUUCCUAUGAUUCGGUUUUAAAAUUCACUAAGCGUGUCGAAAGUUGUUAUUUUAUUCCACAAGAUAUCUUGAAUGUGUAUCCAAAUGAUCCGAAAUACAAGUCUGGCACUAUGACACCUAGUGAUGGGUUUUUGAGGAGAGGUACAAAGUUCAUUGUUUCUGAUGAUCUGUUUAUCACUACUAUGAGUUCAUCAUCAACCAUUGGAUUGCUAAAAAAGAAUGAGGUUGACAUAAGUGACAUCGAGGAGCAUGCGAUUAGCAUUUCCAAAGCAGAGUUCAUUAGCGUUCUUAGAGCUUCAUUGAUCUCCUCCUCUGCAUUAACCAAUGGUCUCUCAAGCUUGCUCGUGAAGAAACCAAAGGAAGAAACUUGA